GUGCACGUGCUUGGUUCUUCCUGUGCGUGCACUGUCAGUCAGUCAGUCAGUCAGUGAGGAGUUUCUCACCGGAGUCAACAUGUUAAUUCUCGGUAACCGGCUGAAGCUGUGCUCGGUAGCGUUCACCGCGGCACGUCUGUACAGCACCGGGGCUCAAGCCAACAACAACCCGGUGGUUUUCUUCGACGUCGCGGCGGACAACCAGCCGCUCGGCAGAGUCACCUUCGAGCUCAACGCGGAUGUGGUGCCCAAAACCGCAGAGAACUUCCGAGCGUUGUGCACCGGUGAACACGGUUUCGGAUAUAAGGGCUCCAUCUUCCACAGAGUGAUUCCUCAGUUCAUGUGUCAGGGUGGAGAUUUCACCAACCAUAAUGGAACUGGAGGAAAAUCCAUAUAUGGGCCCAGAUUUGCAGACGAGAACUUCAAACUCAAACACACCGGACCAGGUAUUCUGUCGAUGGCGAACGCUGGAGCGAACACAAACGGCUCACAGUUCUUCAUCUGCACAGCUAAAACAGAGUGGCUGGACGGGCGGCACGUGGUGUUCGGCAGUGUGAAGGAGGGCAUGGAUGUGGUACGGAAGGUGGAGGCGCUGGGCUCACGGUCGGGACGCACCGCUCAGAGGAUCAGCAUCACUGACUGUGGAGAACUCAAGUAGAGCAGCGCACACACACACACACACACACACACACACACACACACACACACAGAU